AGUAACAUCUUUAAAGUAACAUACAUCCUAUCAACAGUGUGCAAACUACAGUAACGCUUGUGUGAUAAAUGGAGAACGCAGCUCCAGCUCCUGCAACCGUGGGCGUCCGUCGAGAACCAUCCGUCGAUCCUGUCAAAGCUCAAGGAAUUCUGACAACAGUUACUAGAAAAGAGCGAGAUGCAGCAAGGCUAUGGCACCAAAAAUGGGGUUUCUAUACACAACUUCGUGAGAUACAAGAGAAAGAAGCACAAAAGUUAGGAAUGCCAUUAGAAGAGUAUAGAACAGCUGUUCACUCGGUGAGUUGUAAACCAGAACCUAAAAAAUAUCCCGUUGUAGUAGAUCCCUCGCCAACGCCUCUGCCGCGUACAUCCUCCGGUAUGGUCGGUCGACGAGCACUGUGCCCUCUAGAAAGAUAUGGAAGAUUGGUAAUGACGAGCCGGGAUUAUCCGACCAGGCCACCACUACCUCCUGGUCAAAUUUAUGACCCAUACAAGCAAACUUUGGUAUUUUUAGGAAGCGUUACUGGUGACCCUAUUUCAUACAAACUACCAACGGCGAAGUGUGAAGUCCAAGACGAAAUGUGGGCACGUCCGCAUCAGCUGCAAGUGAUGCCAUUUUGCCAGGAAACUUUAGAAAAAACUUUUGUUAAAUUUUGAAAACAUGUAUCAAAAAAAUAUUUACUUACUAAGUUAUUAGUUACUAAUUAUAAUUACAAAAAGGCUGAAUUUUUAAAUUUAAAAAUCUCUUAACUGUACAUUGUCAUUUGUUUCAUGAUAAAGAUUUUGCGUUGUAUUUUGAUCGUCUCUUUACAUUGUAUUUAAAAUUUCAAUAGGUAAAUAUAUUUUGUGAUAUGUUGGUGAAUCGUUCAUGCCAAAUGUCGGUCACAAUGUGGGCGAUUACAGUCAACAAUGAGUGUUUCUGUUCUAUUCGGGAACACAUAGUUCUAUAAAGAGUGUCGUCGAUAGCGUUCAUGGAAAAGUUACAAUUUAGUUAAUGGUUAAUGGUAAGUAUAUAGAAUAAAUAACGAAAAAUGCUUAAGCCCGACUAUAAUACUAUAUAAUUUGCACAAUAACAAUAUUACUUACACACAAGUGCUUACUGCAUAGAUAAGUUGCAAUGUUUACUUUUAUGUUAAAGUUGUUUGCCGCAAACUGUAAGAUGUUGAACUAAUAAAGUACCUAGUUGUUAUUCUCAUGUAUAAGUAUUAUGUAAUGUUACUGUUGGUUUCUUCAGGGUCAGCAACGCGCACGUGAUAUGCCUAGUGUUGCGGGCGUCCCUAGGUUACAGUAACCGUUUACCAUCAGACGGGCUCUAUGCUCGUUUGCCACCUUCAUGGUAUAAAAAAACUUUUUCCACGUUCAUUAAUUUCAAUAUU